AUGCCCCAGCAAAUUCAUUGGACUCCGUUUGGUAUCCCGUAUGUGGUGGAGUUCAACAACGUAUCGUUCACGCCUCGUAGAACGGUAUCUCCUUCAGAAGAUACACUCACGAGCUUUCCUGUACCAGAGAAAUCUGCUUCUGUCUCGGAGCAAUCUCUGACCUACUCAUGCCCAUCUGCUACAAGCUCAUCAUCUUCUUUUUGUCAUAUCUCGCAAUGCAUCCAUGUGGACGGGCUCCACAUACAAUUUGCCACGCCCCCAUGCGAUCCGCGUGCAUCAUCCCGAAGCCGACUUGUGCGUCUGCAAAAAACGAUUACUAGUGCUGUUGUCGAGGCAGGCAUGGAUACUCCCUCCGCACUUGAGGAACAGAUGGAUGUCUCGACGAACGUUCCCGAUUAUCGUAGCCGCGACACACUGUUCCGCGGGACAUAUGGGCAGGUUAUGGUCGCUCUCAAAGCAGCAGGCCUUGUCGCGACGCCAUGUAUGGAAGGCGAAUUUGCAGGUGCUACACGUUUGGGCGCGCUCUUUGUCGCACAUAGAUCCUCAGAGGAGAGGAAUGUGCAGCUAAGAAAGCUGACACUGUGGGGCUGA